AUGACCAGGCUGCGGGCAGGCUCUGGGAGCCCUCCAGAUUCAGGACGACCCACCGUCGGGGAUAGGGGACUCUAUCAUCCGUCGAAGCUCCCCAGUGGCGCCCCGGAGGUGCUCAUCAAGAAUACCAUCGCUGUGACGGAUCCUGCGAGGGUCCUGGCAUGGAAUAAGGACCAGCGCCAGAGAGAUUUUAACCUUCUUGUCAAAAAAUAUAAAAACCAGCUUCUGUACGGUUGCCAGGACCCGUUUUGCACAACUCCUACAUGCUUUAGUUAUCGCAGGAGAGUUGCCGAUGCCCCUCUCCGCCGCUUUACCGAACUCAGCGCCCGAACAGUUGCUUGCUACCUAGCUAGCCAGGAUAACCCGGAGAGAGGUUUGUGCCGCAAUACCCCGGCCCCCAGUCCAGGUUUUCCCUCAGCAGAAGGAUCACGGCAGCAAAGGAGACGAUCGCAUGAAUUACCUCAACAGAAUGUUAAAUUCGCUUCCCAGUCUCAAAGUCACAACGAGUCGGAAGGCAACUGUGGUGAGGGGAAGCCAGCAAGUGAUAUGGUAAAUGCGGUAAACCAGACUCAAGAACUGGGCGAGUCACGGAAUGGGAAUGAUGGGAAAACUUGCAACUCCGCGGAAGCGAACGAAAAACUUGGUCCAAAGCCCGCAGAGGAUAAAGAUCGGCCGAGAUUAAAAGAUCCAAAGUCGUUUACUCAAAAUCUAUUCGAUACCCUUUCUUUGCGGAUGGUUGAAUGGCUACCGUUACGCAAGUCUCUGGAGGGAUUUGAUACCACCCCAUCUGGCCCUGACGAUGGCGGCACUUCUACAUCUAAGACCCCAGAAACUGAGGCUCCAGCAAGAGAUCACGGGCAUCCAACCAAUGCAAGACGAACUAGUCGACAAAAGCAAAUGAUAUCGCAAGCCAACGUUAAAUCCCGACCUCAUAGCAUUCCAUCCUCAAACCUUAAUCCUCAGCCCACAGCAGUCGAAGUAAAGAUCCCAGGGCAACCCGUCAAACGCCUAUCUCUUGGUGAAAUGGAGCACAGGAAGCAGCCUUCACGGACGUAUACUGAGGACAAGAUUCGUUCCGAGCGGAAACCUGCCCGGAAAAUCUCCUCGCAGCAUACUCCAUCAAGCGGCAUCUCUCGAAACCAACAUUCUCCACCGCCGUUGAAACAUCGACCACAAAAAAAUAGACGCGCGAAUGGCGACCUGAAUAAGUCUUACCGGCCCGACCAAAAUCAUCAUAGUUGUGUCUCCUGGGAUGGAUCUAGGGGACCAAGGAAAUCGAACCAUACUGAGUCUGAUAGCAACCGAGUAUCUAUCGACUAUAGUGUAGAACAGCCACAUCCUCUUAGUCAAACUUCUGAAACUCCCGCAUCUAAAAAUACUAAUAGCGAUAAUCAACUUAAUUCUCAACAAAUCCAGACUCUGUCACAUUUCUCUCCAGAAAUAGUGACGGAAUUAGAGGCCUUAAUGUUUGAAAACGAUGAAGACAAAGAGAAAUGGCGCGAGGAAAUGGCUGAUUUAAAGUCUUGCGGGUACUCUGAGCCUUGGGAUUGGCAGUAUGCUACACCCAGACAGCGCGAAGUGUUCCCGUUUGUCGCCCAGAGUGUAUUUUAUGUUCUCAGCAAUCCCCGUCAACUCCUUCAAUCGUUUCGAAAAGACCCUUCUCGCCUAGGAAAGGUAAAUGGUAGCGGGAAUACGGGUCUACUUGAUGUCGGAAUGUUAGAAAACUCGUUUCGGACACUAUAUCGCAUAUGUCCUUGGGAAACCACUCUGCAUAGUCUAUGGAUGUCUCUCGAGAAGCUUUUUGUUCCACCAAGAGAUUUUUCUUUCAGUAGGCCACAGAUGCUCCCUGUCCGGUGGUCCAGUUCAUCGGGCCCAAUUUCAAAACGUGGAUUCCCCUCCCCCGCCAGUAGUAAUUCUGAGGAUUAUAUUUCCGACGCAGAUGCAGCUUAUAUUUCGGUCAUUGCCUUUUUCGCUUUGGCCAGUUCUAUCCCCCCAACUGACCCGAAAACAUGGGAGGCUGUUCGUCAGGUCAGGGCUUCUGGCACCGUUCUACCGGACGCUGAGAUGAGGAAACAUUCUCCAUCUACCAGGCGGUCACUAGUGGCCAUCGCGGAAGUAUUUGAGCAUGACCUCGCCCUCCGACUGGUAAAUCGUUUGGCUCGAGUGGUCUCCGCGCGUUUGGCAUUCUACGAAAUCUCGAAGUCUCGAGCCUUCAGCUUACAGGACUGCGAGCGGCAAGAGAAACAAAACUUUGUAGAACUCAUCCUGCAGACUUUUGAAGAUUGCAGCAAGGGAAAUAACCAGAGAUCACAUACAAUCUCUUCUUCUUUGAUCAGUGACCGGCCUAUAAACGUUCACAUGGUAGCUGUGGAAUGGUUACGGAGCCUCCUUCUGAAGGAAUGGGACGGAAAACCCGAAAUGACGAAAUCAGGUGCUGCUGGCGGCUCUUUACAACUUCUUGCAUCGAUGUAUAAAGAGCGGUCUAGACUAGGUUUACAACCUGAAGAUUUCUCUACAUUUUUCCUCUCUGAGCGACUAGAUCCCACAGAAAUGCCCGUCGAAUGGCUCGGGAUCCUUCCAAAUAACAGAACGGUGCACCUCUUAUCCUACCCCUUCCUAUUUCCCCCGUCAGCCUUGGUUAUAUAUUUCCGAGCUAUCAACUAUGCUGCGAUGUCCAAGUCUUACGAAGCUGCGAUGACCACCUCGAGACAUGUUACUCAACCGGCAUUUUCCGGUAUUAUACCGAUCGAUGACGAUGUUAAUCUACUCUCCCUGCUCAAAACAUCUAUCUCGACCUAUCUGGUUCUAGUCGUGCGGCGAGAUAAUGUUCUUACCGACGCUCUUGACCAACUAUGGAGACGAGAAAGGCGUGAACUGAUGCGACCUCUUAAAGUUCAAAUGGGCAUGGACGAAGGCGAGGAGGGUAUCGAUCAUGGCGGUGUCCAGCAAGAGUUUUUCAGGGUAGCUCUUGGGGAAGCAUUGGACCCAUCAUACGGACUAUUUACAAUGGAUAUACGAACCCGUAUUUCCUGGUUCCAACCCCUUUCUAUGGAACCGCUAUACAAGUUCGAGUUGUUGGGUUUAUUGAUGUCUCUUGCUAUUUAUAACGGCCUCACACUUCCAGUUAAUUUCCCCAUUGCGUUGUAUAGGAAGCUGCUCGGUUUGAGGGUUAAGACUCUCGAUGAUAUCCGCGUUGGUUGGUCAGAGCUUGCGAAGGGUUUGGAAGAGCUGCUAUCAUGGGACGACUGCGAUGUUGGUGACAUCUUUAUGAGAACCUAUGAGUUCAGUUUUGAAGCGUUUGGAAACUUUGUGAAUGUCGAUAUGGAGAAGGUUGAUCGCAAUGAACCAUGGCCCGCCCCUGAGCGGUUGGCUUGGGAAAAGAGAAAGCCUGGUUCAUAUAACCGACGCUCAUCUUCGGGUAAAUCAGGCCCGCUUUCGCAACGUGAUAAUGACGUAUCGAUGUUACAUGACACUACUGAUGAAGGCCCUAGCUAUAGGCGUGACGGGGUUCUCUCAGGAAUACUCAAGGGGUCUUCUUCAAAAAUAAACAGAGCGGCACCACCCUCUCCACCACAAGAAGCAGCCUUGGUCACCAAUGAAAACCGAGAACGAUUUGUCAAAGACUAUAUUUUCUGGCUAACAGAUAAAUCUAUCCGUCCUCAAUAUGAAGCUUUCGCACGCGGCUUCUAUACCUGUUUGGACCGAACAGCCUUGUCUCUUUUUACCCCGGAGGCGUUGAAACUGGUUGUUGAAGGGAUUCAGGAGAUCAAUAUCAGGGAACUCGAGUACCAUACUCGAUACGAAGGUGGCUUCGAGCCCGACCACCGCGUCAUCCGCGACUUCUGGGAUAUUGUGUAUCGAUAUUCGUCGAUGAGGAAGCGACAGCUGCUAGAGUUUGUGACGGCCAGUGAUCGCGUGCCGGUCAACGGCAUUUCUAGUAUCAUGUUCGUUAUCCAGAAGAAUGGUACUGGAGAUAACCGUCUUCCAACUAGUCUGACGUGUUUUGGCAGACUCCUGCUGCCCGAGUAUUCAAGCCGAGACGUCCUGGAGGAGAAGUUGUCAAAGGCCCUUGAAAAUGCCAGAGGUUUUGGUGUCGCCUAG